GACGGAUGCUGUUCUUCGAUUCCUGCUUUAUUGCUUCAAGUGUAAACACUAAACACUUCUCCUUUUUGGGUGUAAUUCUGAACACUUCUUCGGAGUAAUUCAAUCAUGUCGGCCUCAACUAGAGAUCCUCAGGUCAUCACCUGCAAAGCUGCCGUUGCCUGGGGUCCCGGAGAAGCUCUGGUGUUGGAGGAAGUGGAGGUUGAUCCCCCGAAACCGAUGGAAAUUCGUAUAAAAGUCGUUUGCACCUCGCUCUGUCGGAGUGAUAUUACACAAUGGGAAUCUAAGGCACACACUCUACUAUUUCCUCGGAUAUUUGGCCAUGAGGCAUCAGGGAUUGUUGAGAGCAUUGGAGAAGGAGUGACUGAUUUUAAAGAAGGUGACCAUGUGCUUACGUUAUUCACUGGAGAAUGUAUGACAUGCAAACAUUGCACUUCUGGUAAAAGUAAUAUGUGCCAGGUAUUGGGAUUGGAAAGGAGAGGUGUAAUGCAUAGUGAUCAGAAGACCCGCUUCUCGAUAAAAGGGAAACCCAUCUAUCAUUAUUGUGCUGUUUCGAGUUUUAGUGAGUACACGGUUGUGCACUCAGGCUGUGCUGUUAAAAUAUGUCCUUCUGCACCAUUGGAGAAAAUAUGCUUGCUUAGUUGUGGAGUGGCUGCAGGUUUGGGUGCGGCUUGGAAUGUUGCUAACAUAUCAGAAGGUUCAAAUGUAGUUAUUUUUGGCCUAGGAACUGUGGGCCUUUCUGUAGCACAAGGUGCCAAGCUAAGGGGGGCAUCUAGAAUAAUUGGUGUAGAUACCAACCCUGAGAAAUAUAAAAAAGGAAAGGCUUUUGGUAUAACAGAAUUUAUUAAUCCAGCUGAUUGCAAUGAACCUGUUCAGGAGGUUAUUAAGCGCAUUACUGAUGGAGGGGCGGAUUAUUCUUUUGAGUGUAUUGGUGACACUGGAAUGAUAACUACUGCAUUGCAGUCAUGCUGUGAUGGUUGGGGUAUGACCGUCACUCUUGGUGUACCAAAAGUAAAGCCUGAGAUAACAGCUCACUAUGCAUUACUUCUUUCAGGAAGGACUUUACGAGGUUCUCUAUUUGGAGGGUGGAAACCUAAAUCUGAUCUUCCAUCAUUAGUAGAUAUGUAUUUGAAAAACGAAAUUCAAAUAGAUGAGUUCAUCACACAUAAUCUACAAUUUGAAGAAAUCAACGAAGCCUUCAAUCUGAUGAGAGAAGGGAAGUGCUUGCGGUGUGUCAUUCAUGUGACAAAAUAAUAUUCUUGGAGAUCUAGAGUCCAAGAGAAUAGUUGGCAGUGGCCAUAAGGCAAAUGGAAUAUACCUUCUAGGCAUGCUACUUGGGAGAAGUUGUCAACAAAAUCAGUAUUUGGCGUGUAGAUCUGUUUCAUCUAAGUUUAUUGAUCAAGUCAUGUUUUGGCAUUUUUGGUUGGGCUGUCAAUUAGCCGAACAAUGUAAAAACUCCUUUAUUUGUUGUAAUAAACUAUCUGCAUUUUCUUUUGCAAAUAUUCAUUCUGAUUUUCGGGGACCUUAUCAUAUACCUGCAAUGGGUGGAUACUGUUAUUUCUUACUA